UGUUGGGAACUCUGAAGCAAACAAGUGGUGAAUACAAUUUGGAGAGGACUUGGGGGAGAAUAAGUAACGAAUUUUCUCAACCUAUAAUGGCAUCUAAUUCAGCUGUAGAAAUUGACAAUGAAAGUGAUAAUUCUUCUGGUAGCAGCUUAUUUAAGACUCAGUGUGUCCCUUACUCACCAAAACAGGGGCAAAGAAACCCUAUUAGAAAGUUUGUUCGUUCAUCUGGAGGUGUUGAAGCAAGAGAUUCAUCUAGUGACUCCUCUUUUGAACCAAGACCACUGACUUUAAAAGCUAUUUUUGAAAGAUUCAAAAAAAAGAAACGUAAAAAGAGGAAAUAUAAGCCAAAAGAAAGACCAAGGGGAAGACCAGAAGGAAGAAAAACCACUAGACGCUCCCAAAUAAAUAAGAAACAAGUUAAAGACAAAGGAUCUGGGUUCCCAUUUUUAGAAUCUGAGAAUGUAAAAAAGCCAUUACCAUGGAGAAAGAUUUUAAGCUUUGAGCAAGCGGUGGCAAGAGGAUUUUUCAACUACCUUGAAAAAUUGAAAUAUGAAUACUAUCUCAAGGAAUCCUUGAAACAAAUGAAUGUUGGUGAAGAUUUAGAAAGGGAAGAUUUUGACAGUCGUAGAUACAAAUACUUGGAUGAUGAUGGAUCUCUCUCUCCUAUUGAAGAGUCAGAAACAGUGGAAGAGGCUGCAACAACUCUUGAACAUGAUGAUGGAUGUGAUAUAAAAUUGGUGGACAAUAAUGAAUUCAUAGUAAGUUCUGAAAUACCAAAGAAAAUGAAUCUGUAUUUAGGACAAGAGGAAUAUACUGAAGAAGCUGCUUCGUCUAAAAAGAGAGCAUCAAAGUCCAAAAACAUGGGACAGAGGAUAGAAUGGUCUGAAAAGGAAGAGAUAGGAAUAUGAAUAUUAAGGCUUUUCACUUGAAAACAGUGUCUGGACUUAAAGGGGUGAAUACGAUUUGAACUCAUUCAUGUUUAGAGGAUGUUUGAGAACCAGGAAGAUCAUUUAUCUAUUUAGACCCUAAAUGGGGCUCUAAAGAAAUUGGACCUCAAAGAUUACAGUGGGGAGUUUUUGAAGUAUGUCCAUAUUCAAGUGGAGAUCCAAGAAGACCUCUGGACAGUGACGGCUGUGGAUUGAACAAAAGUUUGUUUUAAAAGUGCUAUUUUGGUUGAAGAUCAUCACUCUGGCUUUGGUGGAACUAUGGUGAUUGGCGGCAGAAGGAAUCACAUGUCAAAUAUCUUAAAUAAAAAUAUCUUAAAUAAAAAUUUAUUAAUUUAA